UAAAGCUUUGAAUAAGACAUUGGCUUUAGGCACUCAACUCAGUUUCCCAACUGAAAACGUUUGAAGAGCACUUAAAAUGCCAGUUCAACCAGGUUUAUUUUUGGUUCUAGUUAGAAUUUUCUUUCUCAGAGGGACUGUAAUUGCUCAACACAACUCGGAAACUUAUAUGCAAAAUUUCCUGGGCCUCUUGGCAGGAAACACAAGCAUCAGCGAUGGUCAGCUUUCCAUGGUCAGCAAUUAUUUCUGUCCGCUCCUAAUGCUCUUCAUUUGGAUACUCUCCUUAUGCUUUUUAGUUUGUACCUGCGUGUAUUGCAAGUUCGUAAAAUCGGAAACAUUCACCACCUACGACUCAAACAGCAUUGAGAUGCAGGAUGUGCAUAUCCUGGAGCCCACAUUCAACCAUGUUAAGGGUUGUGCAUGUUUGGAGUGCCUGCAUCGUCAGUUGACCAAGGAAUUCGAAAAGAAAAAUGGAAUGUGAACGGAAUAAUAACUAUGUAUUAUGUU